CGACCAAUCGGAUCGAAGAUCGCGUCGUUACGACAGGGGGAACCUAAAGCGGCUACGUUCGUGCUGGAAGCUCUCCGUCCCUGUGUUCGUGGCACUCUAUCCGCGUGAAUCAGCGCCUGAAGCCUUCGCCUGCAUCGUCAAGCUCGUGUCUAUUCCCCGUUAUCGCGUUGGCGCUCGAUUGCAGUUCCAUUCACCUCUAACCCCGAACGUAACCUUCGUAACGCCAUGGAGGCGCUGGUGCUCAAGUCGUUAGGCAAGUUGCGCAAGGCUUGUACCCGCAGCCACCGCGAGUUACGCGACAUGGUGGACGCGGCACAAGCUAAGGUUACGGCCGCGAGCCAGGAGGGUACACUCGAAGUACCCUUCGAGCCCUUCCUGCUAGCCUGUUUAACCCGUCACGCCAAGCUCGUAGCCGUAGCACUGGACUGUAUGGAGAAGUUUCUGGCCUUCGGGUUCCUCAAGGAGGCAGGCGUAAUCCCCGAAGGGAUCCGGCGCCGUCUCGUGCAGAAGGCAGCAGCCGCGUCCUCCACUUCCGGUCGCCGGUCAGGUUUCGGUCUGGGUCUGGGGUCAGGGUCAGGCGCCGGGUCAGGUCAGUCAGGGUCCAAUGCUGCACCCUCUUUUGGGCUUACUACGCCAUCAAACAGCAGUAGAGAUGCUGGGGCAGAGGAGGACAGUAACGAGGACAGGUACAGACUAAUCGACUGCGUUGUCGAGGUGGCUUGUGACUGCAACGAUCACCCGGAUGAGGGAGUGCAGAUUCAGGUACUAAGAGUUUUACUGACAGCAGUGACGACGCCGACGUGUGAAGUGCAUGAGCAUGCGCUCUUGAGAGCCGUGAGAGCGUGCUAUCACGUGCAUUUGGUGAGCAAGAGCGUCACCAACAGGACAGUGGCUAAGGCCACGUUGCAACAAAUUAUUAGCAUUGUAUUCCAAAGAAUGGAGACGUUUGAUCGACGUGUGGAGGAAGAGACCAAAGCUACGUUACAGGCGCUGGAUAAACAGGAACAAGAGCAGAGUCAGCAGGAAGAAGAGAGCCAAACACAACAAGGACAAGCACAGGAACACGACAUCAGUGAGAGUGACAGCGACGAUGAUAUUCUGCCCAAGACGCUGCGCGCAAAGCCUACUGAUGCUUGGUAUCCGUCGGUCGCAGUAGUGCUCCAGCUUCCUCGUGCAGCACACCACUCGGAAAAAGUGCCAGUCUCGUCGACAACAACAAAGAAAAUCAAGGCCGUGACGACCCUAUCGCAGCCCGUGAACGCUCCUGCGUUCCCGUCCGUGCUUCACAAGGAUGCUUUUCUACUAUUUAGGUCGCUAUGUCGAAUUUCUAUGCGGUCGGUGGCUGAUGAUUCCCCGACGGCGAAUGGUGCGAACGGCUCCAACGCUGGAAAUGCAGGGAACGGCGCCAAUCCUGAAGACCCUUUCGCGUUCCAGAGUAAGAUCUUAUCGUUGGAGCUUGUGAAGGAGAUCUUGGAGAACGCCGGCCCAUCAUUUCGACGUGGUGAACGAUUUGUUCACGCUAUCCGACAGUAUUUAUGCCAAUCGCUGUUACAGAACUGCACAAGUAACUACACGCAGAUCGUUUCGCUGUCUUUGCAGGUUUUUCUGGUGCUUUUGCGCAACUUUAAGCGCCAUCUGAAGACGGAGCUGGACAUCUUCAUCACGAGUAUCUUCCUGCGCUUACUGCAGUCUGAGAACGCAAGUUUCGAGCACAAACUGCUGGUUCUGGAGGCGCUCCACGCAAUCUGUGACGACCCGCAGACUUUAGGGGAAAUCUUCAUCAAUUACGACUGCGAUUGGAAUACUAACGACUUGUUCAAGCAGAUCGUGCAUGCUCUUGCCAAGGCCGCAAAGGGCGGCCGCUCUCAAGACGCUGCGGCCCAGCAAUAUGCUGCUAGUUUGUCUAGCAGUGCGCGGAUCAAGAUGCUGCAUCAGGACGCUGCGCUUGCUCUCAAGGGUCUGGAAUGUCUUACAGCUACAGCUGCAUCACUAAAGAAGGCCGCGAACUUCGUCGAGGCAGAGCGACAGUCAUCUCAACACGAAGGAGAAGAGGCUCACAACAGCGAAAACGGCGGAGAAGAAGACACUGUCGCCCCACCAGAUAUGGUUCCAGUCGUGUCGUCUACUAUGUCGGCUGUGGAGGCCUUUGAAAGCAAGAAGAAGCGUCAAGAGGAGAUGGCUACGGGUAUCCUGAAGUUCAACGUUAAGCCUAGCGCUGGUAUCGCGUACCUCGUUGCCCACGGACACAUGGGCGAAGGCUCGCCUCGUGAUGUUGCACAGUUCCUCCAUACCUACAACGACAAAUUAGACAAGACAAUGGUGGGCGAUUACCUUGGCAAUGGUGUCCAUUAUCAAGGAGGGUUCUGUGUCAAGGUGCUGCACGAAUACGUCGACAUGAUGGACUUUACGGGGCUAGAGAUCGAUGUAGCCAUUCGCCACUUCCUUGCUGGCUUCCGGUUGCCCGGUGAAUCGCAGAAAAUUGAUCGCAUGAUGGAGAAGUUCGCUGAGCGGUUCUUUAAUGCCUGCCCGCCUGGAUUAUUCCCGAGUGCCGACACAGCCUUCAUCUUAGCGUUCUCGAUCAUCAUGCUACAGACAGAUUUGCAUAACCCGAGUAUUGCGGAGGAGAAGAAGAUGGACAAGACUGGAUUUCUGCGUAAUAACCGCGGUAUCAAUGAUGGCAAGGAUCUACCGGAAGACUACAUGGGCGCUAUCUUCGACCGUAUCAAGGCGACCCCGAUUUCUCUAAAGGAAGACGACGACUUCCGUAAUCGACGUGGUGGAGCUGCUUCGAGUGCUGCCAGCUCUUUGUUUGGAGCGUCGAAUGCUGCUACUGAUCGCAUGCGUCGCGACGCGUACAUCAAAGAGCGCGAGUCGAUGGUGCGUCAGUCUGAAGCUCUCUUCAAGCGUCGAGUGCCGGCGUCAGCUCGAGCUCAACAGCAUUUCCCGUUGUCACCUCGAGGUAAUCGAUCCACUGCAGCAUCAACCUCUGGAGCUUCUCCCUCACAACGAAGUGAAGGCCCGUCGUCUCUGUUGACACCCGAUCCAUUGGCAUCUACGUUCCACGAGGUCUCUGGGUUUAACGAACGUUCACAUGUGCGUCCUAUGUUCGAGACACUGUGGGCUCCCCUGUUAGCAGCAUGUUCAGUGACAUUCGAGAGCUCCGAGUCAGCAGAGGCCAUCCAACUCUGCUUGGACUCUUUCCGUCAUGCAGUGCACCUCUCUGCUAGGCUGAGUAUGCCAGCUGAGAGAGAUGCCUUUGUGACGGUAUUAGCCAAGUUUACGGCGUUGCAUACGACAAACUCGCGUCUGAUGCGCUCGAAGAACAUGGAAGCUAUCAAGGCUCUGAUCUCGAUCAGUGUGAAGGAAGGAAACUACCUCGGAGACUCGUGGCAUGAUGUUCUGCAGGCCAUAUCGCAGUUGGCGCGCAUCCAGACACACGCUCAGGGUUUACACGAGCGCUCGGCUGCAGGAUCCGUUUCUGGUGAAUCGUCGUACUUCAACCGGCAGCCUUCGCCUGGUAUGAGCCAUUCCAGCUCGCGCAACAGCAGUUCUAACUCCACACCGUCGUUCAGUAUGCUCGGCUCUACAUCGGGCAGCAAACGAAGUGGAUUGGGAUCGUCAUUGUCUUCCCCGUCUCCGUCACAUCGUGAUAUCGGUGGUCGUGGAAGCGGCUCGGAGUUGGAUGAAGCGCAGAGUGCAGCGAUCGAGGACGAGAAUGCUGCUCGUGUGUUGAGCGAGAUCGACCAACUAGCAAGCGACCGGGUGUUCUCGAGUUCGGUGUCACUGAGCGACCAAGCGCUGCAGGAUUUCGUCGUACAGCUUACUGUAGUAUCGCUAUCGGAGUGUUCGGGUGUGGGGCCGUCUGGGGCGGCAGGUGGCUCUCCUCCUCGUGUCUUUAGCUUGCAGAAGCUGGUCGAAGUUGCUGAUAUGAACAUGCGUACACGCUCUCGAAUGGUGUGGGCAGCAACGUGGCAAACAUUGUCGAGGCAUUUCACUACGAUCGGAUGUCAUGAGGACUUGACAGUGGGCAUGUACGCGAUUGAUUCGCUUCGUCAACUGAGUAUGAAGUUCCUUGAACGUGCAGAGCUGCGUGAUUUCAACUUCCAACGUCUGUUCUUGGCUCCAUUCGAAGUGAUCAUGGCCAAUGCUAUGUCGUUGGAGACUCGUGAGCUUGUGCUGCGUUGUGUGGAGAACCUGGUUCUGGCCAGAGUUGGUAAUAUUCGUUCCGGCUGGAAGACGAUCUGGGGCGUCCUCCGUAUUGCUGCCGAGACGUAUGCACCAGGGAGUGAGGACCGAGUGGUGCUGCUAGGAUUCCAGGUCGCGCGUGGUGUGUUGGAGCGACACUUUGACUGCAUCGUGGAUGUGUUCGUGGAUGCAGUGGAGUGUUUACUGGCGUUCGCAGUGUGCGGCUGUGAGGAGGUCGAGCGUCAAAUGGAGGAGCGACUUGCACUCACUCAGCUUGGCGUAGACAGUAUCGGGCUUCUGCGCAGCGUGUGCAUCGAAAAGUUGGCAACAGGAGAGGUUAUUGAGCCUCUUACGGCUCGUGAGACUGCCGGUUCUACUGCAGCUGCUCCUGCGUCGGCGGCUGCUGCCGCUGCGGCCAAACAGGCGGCCCGUGUUGGCUUCAAGAAGGUCAAGGUAAUGACGGAGGAUCCCGCUGAUGAAGCGAGCUCGGAUGGAGUACAGUCGCCUUCUAAGCGCACUUCAAUACGCUAUCAGAAGCAGGAGUCCGUGCGUUCAUUGGAAGAAGAAGUGGCAGAGUUGUCACCGCGUAAGGUGGUUGCCUCUCCACUAUCACCUCGCAGGAGAUCGAGUUCCGUCGAUGUCCAGGAGGAAGAGCAGCGAGAGAUCGGGGAGGCAGCAUACAAUGACUCGGCUGCGCAUACGCGCAUGUGGUGGCCAGUUCUGACGGCCUUAUCCACGCUUGCUGCUGAUCGUCGUCUAGAUGUUCGUCUCGCAGCUCUUGAAGCGCUUUUCAAUGCGCUGGAGAUGCACGGCAACAAGUUCACGUCUGGUUUGUGGGGACUGAUCUUCAAGGGUGUGCUUAUCCCGCUACUGGACGAGCUUCGCCACCUCGAGGUGGUCGUGGAGAGAGGAGCACAUGCGCAACCCAAGCUUCCAUUACCGUCGAAUGAUCCGUCUUCUCGAAUGCCUCAAUACACGGCUGGUAAGACCACAGCGACGCUGUGUCUGGAGCGACUGCUGGAGUGCUUUGGCCUCUUUUACGACAUCGUAGGGUUCCUUCCUGAAGUAUUAUUUCUCCUUGGUAAGUGCAUGGAUGCUGGCGAUGCAGAGGAACAGCUUGCAGCCGCCUCGGCACGCGCACUCGAGGUAAUGCUCGUCACACACGGACACAAGUUCCCCGAGGACGUGUGGGGUCUGAUCGCUGACGAGCUGCGCAACGUCAUGAAGCGCGCUGAGCCAACGUGGAUCUUCUUCGCCCUGCCUCCAGAAGACGACGAUGAGAGCGUUCAAGCCUCGAAGUAUCCGGUUGAAGCCAAUGCUGACAGCCCGUCGAAGCAGCCGAUGUCGCCUCCACGCUCGCCAAUCACUAGUCCUACUGCUGUGAACCUGACGUCACCACGGCAGCCUUCGCUUCUGAGCAUGUAUCCAGGAGUCGUGGCGACGUUAGGCUUUUCAUUUACUACGAGCUUCCCGCCGAAGGUGAUCACUGUGGACGAAGUGGAAGCGCAGCGCGUACCUUCACGCACACACUUGGCUGUGCUAUUGGCACUGCAACGAGUGGCAGGCAACGUGCUGGCCAGCCGUCGGAAGGAGAAUUUAUCACUGAGUGUCGGCCACGCUCACUCCCUGCUGUCGUGUCUACGUGAGAGCUUCCUGUUCGCUCGCAAGGUGAAUGAUGCAGUGCCACUGCGUCGGUAUCUACAACGUGUUGGCUGGCGUUAUGGCAUGACAGUGCCAUCUUCCAGUGAGCUGCCGAGCUUGUUACCCCAGGAAGUGCUGGGUAAGCAGCAGUAUCUACACGUACUCUUUACUGCGCUUGUGCGGCGCGUGAAUAACGCACAAGUUGCUCCGAUUGGAGAGCAAGAUGAAGCUCGCAAGUACAUGGUACGUUUGGUGCAGGAUACUCUAGAAGAAUAUCUGGCUUGGACAGGUGUAGCACCGCAGUAUAUCGACGAAGCGAAGAUGCCUGCUGACGCACAACAGCGCGUGGAGAGCUACACACCGCUAUUGGUUGCCACUUUGCAAGAGCUGGCGGAGUUCGACAGCACAGAGUUACAGCGUCACAUGACGUGGCUGUAUCCGCUUCUUACGGGCCUCGUGAUGGUGUCGAACACCCAGGUGCGGGUGGCACUAUCCAGCGUGUUCAGCAAGGCAGUACGACAGUUGCUACCACCCAUGUAGUAGACUUUGAGAGGGUAUUUGUUGAAGUUAAUUUCUUGCUUUACUGAUCACGAAAUUGCAGUUCGGGUGCUCACAUCGCAAACUUCGAAUGCCUUAUGAAGGCUAUUGUAACAAAUAGGUGUCUUCUGGCUACGGC